AUGGGAUGUAUUGAAUAUUCCUCUCUGAAGCUGCAGACAGAUCUCCAGUACCAGAGAGGGAGAUCUGACAUCAGAUUCCUCACCCCUGCUGCUGCUGAAACUUCCAAAGCUCUAGCCCAAUUGAUGUCAGAGCUCCUGACAUGUUCCAAAACCAUGGAGAAAUUUCAACACGCUUCUGAGCAUGUCUACAUCUCUGCAUCUCUUUGUUUUCAACGGGAGGGAAAAUGUGCUACAAGCGCACUGAGCCUCUUCACUCAAGGCAGGCAAGCAACAAAAGUGAUUGAGGUUGGCACCCCGCCUCCACCCACCAAGAGCUUGCCAAAGCGUUUGAGCACAACAGCCGGGCCAACAGAAACUUCACAAAGGAGCCCACCAACCUCCACAGCAGCUAGGCCAUGGGGACCAGAUCUGUUAGCAAAUCUGAAAUGAAUUGACCUCACAAGCAACUUUAUUUCCUGGGUGGAUGAAGACUCUUUCCAGAUUCUGCCCUCCUUGCAAGAGCUUGUACUCCCUGAAAACAAAUUGACUUCCCUGCCUGAGUUGCCUAGUGUCAUUACGCAUCUGGAUUCCCGGUUUAAUAUGAUCCAGAGCACAGGCAUUCGACCUGAAGCCUUCAGGAACAACAAUAUCCAGACCAUGCAUGGAGCCACAGUCUGUGACAGCAGAGACCACAGCAACAUCCACAGAGCCCUGGAGGACAUUCGCUUGGACGGCAACCCCAUCAACCUGAGCCUCUUCCCCAAUGCUUAUUUCUGUCUCCCUCGCCUGCCCACAGGCUGCUUCUACCGAACAGAGAAACCAUCUACCUCCAGCCAGCAUAGGAAGCCUAAGGGAACAGAUCUCAAGAGAAAGUGACCCCAGAAUUCAUAUCGCUACCAGGCAGAUACUGAUGCUGUUGGACUGCUUUCUUAGGCUGUUUCCUCUUCCUUUGUUUCUCAACUUACUUUUCUCCUUUACAUGGGUAUAUUGAGCAUGAGACUGCAUAAGCACCAUUCAUCCUUGAUGUGCCUAUGCUGGAAAGGAGAAUCAACGAAUCUAAGGGUAGUGCUAUUUUUUAAAAAAAUAAGCACUCACUCUGUACAUCAUUUUUUCAAAAACAAAAUCCUAAUGUGUGACUGUCAAGAUAUUUGCUAGAAAAUAUUGACAGAUCAGUUGAGGUUCCUUUUCUAAGGCUCCAUCUUACAAUUUACUUUGACACAGCCACGGUUCCUUGCAGCUUUUUGUCUUCGCAUCCUGAUAUAAUGCAUGCAUGUAUCUCCUUCUAGAUCCAUGUCUACUCCAGUCCUGGAUUCCUAGGUUGCUCUGCAGAAGAACCUCCAUGCUAACCUCCCAUUCCUGAACUACCCAACAACUCCCCCAAACACGACCUGCUGCUAUUGUAGUUCUGGACUUUUUACAGUUUUGUAAAUCCCCCCUCUGGGUCCUGACCUUGUGACCCUCAUUAUUGCAGCCAAGUAUCCAGUGCAUAUUGAUUGUGCUGCACAAUAACACAGCACAAUGUGCACAGCAAGGCCUCUUGUGUAGGCUGCAGUUGGCAUGUUUUUCAAGCCCACACGCAGGCAUGGAUCAACUCACAGGAGAAUUUCUCUAGCAAUACAGUAAGGCUCAAAUGCUUCAUAAGGCAAUACAGGACCAGGACAAUGUGGGACAUCUUUCCUGGUCCCAGGCACUCCAUCCUUCCCUUCAGGAGUUGGGCCUGAAAGACCAAGGCAAAGUGUGGGUACAUGGAGGGUAAGUUGUAAGCAAACACAAUUUGUGACAUUAAAUAGCAUUAUUACUGAUCAAGGAUACAGUAAUAACUGUAUCAGCCUUAGCUCCCAGUUUCCUGGCUUUGUAAGUGCUUGAGCCAACUAUGGUCUUAAACCAGCAGGUUUUUUAAUAAGUUAAUUUCCCUGGUUUUUGAAAAAUAAAUGUAUGAAAAUGUUAGGGUCUGUAAAACAUGAAAAUAGCUAUUUUGUACCAAUUGGUUUUCUUCCCAGUACUCAGUUAUAUAUGGGUAUUGUGUAGGGUUUAUGUGGCAGAUGGGAGUAGUUAUGUGGUUACAUGGGAUGUAUGAUUGCGUGACAUGUGUUAUGCGCUUGUAAUAUGUUGCAGGGGUGUGUGGUUGUGGACUGUGUUUAUGGUUGUUGGGGUUGUGUGUUGUGGGGCAUAUGAUUGUGGUAUGUGUGUAGUGGUUACAGCUUAUUGGCAGUUGCAUGGUUGCUGUAGGUAGGUGUGGCUGCAUGGCAUGUGGGUGACUGUGCAGUUGUGGAGUAUGUGCAUGGUUACAUGGUGUGUGGGUGGUACCCAAAACAGUAUCUCAAGUUUCCAAAUGUGCCCAUGGGCCCAAAAAUGUUGGUGACCUCUUAUCUAACCACUGUACCACACUGUUAUAGACAAUAACUAAAGGAAUACACAUUGAACUAGGUGUCUCCCUCUGCAAACACUAUAGUCCUGGUGAAAUGCAUGCUUCAAAAUUCAAUCUGUGCAUGCACUGGCUUAUUUUGCCAAUAGUUGCUACCAUAGAUUUUAAUGGGGCAGGAAAAUCCUAAUAGCUUUUGAACUAGUGCUCAGAACUUUACCAAUGAAGUAUUGCGUUCCUUUACAAGGCUGAAUAAACUGCAUCAGUGUUUUUCACCAAAAUUUGAAAGAAAUAUAUGAUAUGAUAUAUGAUAUGAUAUGCCUGAUUAAAAAUUGGAGU